AUGGGUGCAUCUGAUUAUGCCAUUUUAGAAGAGAAUAUUAUCUCUUCUGAAGAAACCACACCAAUGAUUGUUGGUGAUGGUUCUACUACCACAACAACAACCACUGUCGUACAAACAGUGAAACCAACUGAGAAGGCUCCAUCUUUCAAACUUCCAAGAUUUUUAAUCUUUACUUUAUUGCUCAUCCAAGUUGCUACAUUUAUUUUCUUCUGGAAAAUAUUCACAUGGAUUACUUUCAUUGGAUUCUUCAUUGCCGGUUUCGGUCUUGUUUCACUCUUGAGUGGUAAUGUCGCCCUCUUGACUACCGUAAGUUUUACAAUUGUUUUGGCUUGGACUUACUACGACUUGACCGGUGGAAUUAUCCAUGCCGCCGUUGUCUGUGUCGUCGUUGUCUACUACUCGAUCUGUAUCAGAUAUUACAUCCGUUACAUCAAGCAAAUCAAGAAGCAAAAGGCUGCUGACCCAUCUUUCGGUUCAAUGAUCAAGAGAUUCAACUACAAGACCAUCAUUACCAAGACUUCCACUCCAGCCACUGCUACUCCAACCACUGCUACCACCACUACUACUGUCGUUGGUAACACCGCUAACAAGACCACACCAUUGAUUCAAUCACCACCACCAAUUGGAUACUACUACCCACAGAAUCCACAGAAUCCACAGAAUCCACAGAACCCACACAACGUUCACAACAACAUGAUGCAUCCAAACUACUAUCCAUCCGCUGUACCAUAUCAAAUUCACUACCAAAUAAUGCAACAACCACAACCAUAUGGUCAACAAGUAAACAACAAUGCUAUCAUCAACAACAGUGAUUCACAAUCAAACAAUCAAUCACAACAACAACAACAACAACAACAACCACCAAUGCAACAACAACAACAAUAUUACUAUCCAAUUCCAUAUUAUUAUUCGUUGAACAACAAUGUAAAUGUUUCCAACCCAAGUGCAAAUGUUAAUAACACUAACAACGCACCAAACAACCUUCCAGUUGAUAAACAAUAA